AAAUAAUUGCCCGUUUGCACAAAAAAUGAUACAUGUACUGUCACUUUUUUCUCCUUGGUACUCAACUCGGGUACUGUCUCUCUUUACUUUGAAUUAAUCUUACUCCUCUACCUUCUCCUGUGAGCAAAACCCACUAGAGGUACAAUGAUAUCUGAGCCUCUUGUUCAUGUCCUUCUUGUUUCUUUUCCUGGCCAAGGCCAUGUCAAUCCUCUUCUUAGACUUGGCAAGCGCCUUGCUUCAAAGGGCUUGCUUGUCACGUUGUCUACGCCCGAAAGCUUUGGAAAACAGAUGACGAAAGCCAACAACAUGAUCACGGACGAGCCAACCCCAGUUGGUGAUGGCUUUAUCCGGUUUGAAUUCUUCCAGGAUGGCUGGGACGAGGAUGAUCCAAGACGAGCAGACCUUGACCAAUACAUGGCUCAACUGGCGCUAGUGGCCAGAGAUGAGAUUCCUAGCAUGAUCAAGAAAUACGCAGAGCAAAACCGCCCUGUGUCUUGCUUCAUCAACAACCCCUUCAUUCCUUGGGCAUCUGAUGUUGCUGAAAGCCUCGGCAUUCCUUCUGCAAUGCUUUGGGUGCAAUCUUGUGCUUGUUUUGCCGCAUACUACCAUUACCAUCAUGGGUUAGCGCCGUUUCCUAGUGAAAGUGAUCCUGAAAUGGACGUUCAGUUGCCCGCCAUGCCACUUCUCAAGUACGAUGAAGUUCCUAGUUUCUUGCAUCCUUCAACUCCUUACUCUUUCUUGAGGAGGGCCAUUCUUGGUCAGUUUAAGAACCUUAAUAAGCCUUUUUGUGUAAUGAUGGACACUUUCCAGGGACUCGAGCCUGAAAUCAUUGAAUACAUGUCUAAGUUUUGCCCUAUACAGCCUGUUGGCCCGCUGUUCAAGAACCCUGAAGUAUCAAACAGCACAGUUCGUUGUGACAUCAUCAAAGCCGAUGACUGCAUCGAGUGGCUCGACUCAAAACGAGCCUCAUCAGUGAUAUACAUCUCGUUUGGUUCUAUUGUUUUCUUGAAACAGGAACAAGUGGAUGAAAUAGCUCAUGCGCUGUUAAACACUGGUCUCUCAUUCUUGUGGGUCAUGAAACCGCCGCCUAAAAACCUUGGCCUUCCAACCCACACUUUGCCUGAAGGCUUCUUGGAGAAAGUAGGUGAUAAGGGCAAGAUUGUGCAAUGGAGUCCACAAGAGAAGGUGCUAACUCACCCCUCGGUUUCCUGCUUUGUGUCGCAUUGCGGCUGGAACUCAACGAUGGAGGCACUCUCAUCUGGUGUGCCGAUUAUUGCGUUCCCUCAAUGGGGUGAUCAGGUGACCAAUACUGUUUUCUUGGUUGAUGUGUUCAAGACCGGUGUGAGAAUGUGCCGUGGAGCAGCAGAAAACAGGAUAAUUCGAAGGGAAGAGGUGGAGAAAUGCUUGCUGGAAGUGACGCAGGGGACAAAGGCGGCAGAGAUGAAGGAGAACGCCUUGAAGUGGAAGGCAGCAGCGGAGGAAGCCGUGGCGGAUGGCGGUUCCUCUGAUAGGAACAUACAAGCCUUCAUUGAUGAGGUAAAACGGAGAAGCACGACAAUUCACACCAACACUGAUGCAGCUGCUAAGAACUUUGUCAACGGGUCUACUUCUGGAGAACGGACUGCGAAGCCAGGCAAUGGGAAGUUAGGAUUGGUGGAGUUAUGAUUACGAUGGACACGUGACAUGAAAGGAUUGGAUGUCUCUAGAUGAUGUUCAUUUGGUUUUACCGAAUUAGAAAAGCAUUUAUUAGGACCUUAUUAUGUACGUGUUUUCAACCUUUUCUUUUUGUUCGUUCACUUGCAAGACGAAACAUUGGGCACUCUUGCUGUAAUUUGCUAUCCGAACGACCUAGUGUAUCUCCUUAAUUAAUCAUGAUCAUGUGCUAGCUAGCUGAA